GAGAGGCGGAAUGUGGAUCCAAGUGAUGCAUAUGAGGAAUGCUUGUAUGCUGCACUAACAGUUUUCCUGCAGCUGUUGUGUGAUACAGCUGCAGCUGAACCUCCUGCAAAUCAGGAACCAGCUCCUUUGGUUCACUUACGCCAACCACGGCUUUUUUUGGAACAUACAUAUCUGGAAAAUUUGCGGGACUCUGAUAUCCGGCGUCGGUUCCGUUUAGGACGAGAAGCAAUUCUGCACCUCUAUCACCUCAUAGAGGAAAAGAUUGUACCUACCACACAGCGCAGUCAUGCUGUACCCGGGAUGGUCAAAUUGCUGACGACCCUCUAUAUUUUGGGUCGGGAGAGCUUCCAAACCACCUCUGGAAUUGUGGUUGGAAUAAGUCAACCAACCGUGUCCAGGGUUUUUAUGCAGGUCAUAGAUGCCAUUCUUGACCUGGUGCCCCAAUUUAUUUACUGGCCACAAAAUGAAGAUGAGUGGAAUGCUGUGAAGGUGGCUUUUUACCAGCAGGCACAAAUGCUGCAAAUACUGGGUGCAAUAGAUUGCACCCAUGUAGCGAUCAGAGCACCCAGGAGAGAAGAACUGGACUUUUGCAACCGCAAGCAGUACCACUCACUCAACGUCCAAGUUGUCUGUGAUGCCAGACAGCGUAUUAUGAUUGUCAACUCAGAUUUUCCAGGGUCGUGCCAUUAUGCUUUUAUCCUCCAGCAGUCGGGUGUAUACAGAAAGUUCCAGAGUGGCCAAAUGCCAGACAGCUGGCUUCUUGGGGAUGCCGCCUAUCUGCAGCUGAUGUGGCUGAUGGCUCCAGUCAGGUACCCCCAGAGCCUGGCCGAAACGAACUAUAACAAGGCUCAUUGUAAAUCACGAGCCAUAGUAGAGCAGACUGUGGGCCUACUAAAAGCACGAUUUCUUUGUUUGGCCAGGCCUGGGGGUGAGUUAUUAUACUCUCCUAAGAAGUGUUCCAGGAUCAUCCUCGCCUGUUGCCUCCUACACAACAUCUGCCAGGCGAGGAAUGAUUCCUGGGAGAUGACUGAGGAGAGGGAGCCUGAAGUCCGUCAGCUGCGGGUCUCCAGAAGGCGGAGUACCGUGGAUGGGAUGGCGACACGAGCUGACCUUAUCGCCCGCUACUUCACAUGUACGUAUUCUGUCGUAGGUAGAGAUUAA